GUGAAAAAGACGCUACUACAGCAAUAAUGAGCCUGGUGCCGCCGCAGCCCGCGUACAUGCACCGUCUGGAACUGUCAACCCGCUGCAUGGGCGAGAGCUACGCGUCACAGAGCGUCAUGGACUUGAGCAAUUUGCUGAGCGACAAAAUGUCUCUGAAGGAGCUCGUGGGAGACUUGUACCGGCCGUUUGAGGCACAGCAUGUGGACCAGAUCGUCGCGGUGCAUGUGCAAAAAGAGACUAUCUCUCCUAAUAGCAAUGGUGAAGUCGCAGUUAAUGAGACGGGCGCAUAUCACUUUACUACGGCCAUCGCUGGGGCCAUUGCAGGCACCAAACAUCUCGGUACGGCGUGUUGAUAGCGGAGGUGACGGUGUGAGGACUGAUGGUGAAUCGCUAUUGAUUGCAGCGUAUGGAGAACUAUCAGUGAUAAGAAAGACGAUUGUGGCAAAAACACCUAGCAAGACGACGUUCCGAGCGUCCAAAUGCAAGCGUGUGGUGACUCUCGACUGUGGAGACGGGAAAUUUACAGUCGAGUUGAAGCGCAAGGCCAUUGAAGAGGCGGCGCGGGUGCUGCUAGUUGUGGACUGGAUCAAUGAGGCGGAGAGUAUUAUCGCUGCGAGAGACGCGCUGACGAAACUGGGCUGUGAUGUAGUCGGAGCGACUUUUGUCCUCGCGACGAAUGAAGAUGUGCUAUGCAACUUAAAAUCAGCCCAGGUGGCCUAUAGCUGCUCGUGGAAUCCAUCUCAUGGCGCAAAUCUCAACACAAAAUUGUCAAACGGCAGUGGUAAUGGAUCAUCGAGGUGCACGUGCCAUCAGGCAGAAACUAGCAAUGGACAAAGCUCGAGAAAGCGCCCACGUAACAGUGAUAUCGACUCGGAUCCGUCAGUAAAAGUGCUUUUGAGCCACCACACUGCAGAGUACCAGGCCAACGAUCCAAGCGAAGACCGCUGCCUUAACAUUGUCAAGUCGACGGAUGAAGGCGUUCAAAUCAACGCAGUUUUUGACGGACAUGGAGGAUCCAGGGCAGUCGAACAUAUCCGUACAUCACUGUGCCAGCACAUCCUCGAACAAGUUAGCUCCAAGAACUCCAGUGAUAAGAUCUCUGAAAUCGUCAAGAGUGCCUUUGCUCGCUCCGACGAGGAACUGAAGCAAUCGCUCUUAUCUCUGCCAGAGAAAACCCGCAUGUCUAAGGGCUACUGCAACGCCGGAGCGUGUGCAGUCAUCGCGUUAUUCAUCAACUCAGUCCUCUACAUUGCGAACGUAGGAGACUGCGCUGCUGUACUCGGAAAGGUCAGCAAAGAGACCCAAGGACUACAAGCAAUCGAAGUAUCAGUGGAUCACUCCUGCAAUAACCCACAAGAAACUAAGCUCGUGAUCGAGCGCUCUCACGAUCGCAACGCUAUCAGGAUGAGCAAAGACGACCAGGCGACUGGUGCUGGUAUCAUUGGUGUGAAGCGAGUUGCCGGCAGUCUGGCAAUGACCCGAGCGUUUGGAGAUUUCUACCUCAAGUGUCCAGAACUGAGCUCAGCUCCAUUUAAGAGCAAGGUACCGUACAUUACAUCGGAGCCCAGUAUUACUACCGUUUACAUGAACGGAAGUGAGAAGUACGUCAUACUAGCGAGUGACGGUCUCUGGGACGUCAUGACGCCUCAAGAAGCUGUGCAUAUUGUUGACAAAUUCGGUACGUCGAUGCGUAAUGCAGUUUAUACGGGAAGACCAAGCCUAAUGGUAUGAGUUUAUUGUGUACAGAUCCUGCGCAAUCGCUGUUCUUUUCGACUGCAAGCGCUGCUCUCAUUCAUGCUGCGCUAGAGAAAAUCGCCCAUCGAGACGGAUUGAUGAUGCACGAACUCAUGUCGAUGACUCCAGGUUCUGUGCGAAGACGUUUCCAUGACGACAUCACCUGUACUGUCGUGUAUAUCGAGCAUCAGAAUGGCUCCAGCGCAUAACACAACACAUCCGAGGUGUGAUAUCAAGGCUACCGGCAGUUGUGGCUUUAUUCUGACAUCAUCAUGUUCACAUACUCAACGUAGUUGAUGUUGCCGUGUUGAUCGGGCUCGAGCUACUUAUAGGUAAAUAAACGAAUGUGAGGCCAUAUUAUCCGGUGUAGUAAA